AUGACAGAAGCUUCAACUACAACAGAAACUGCAACUACAACAGAAGCUGAUACCACAAUCGAAGCUGCAAGCAAAACAGAAGCUGCAACCACAACAGAAGCUGCAACUACAACAAAACCUGCUACCAUAACAAAAGCUGCAACCACAACAGAAGCUGAAACAGAAGCUGCAACUACAACAGAACUUGUAACCACAACAGAACCUUGUACAACCACAACAGAAGCUGCGACCACAAUAGAAGUUGCAACCACAACAGAAGCUGCAACCACAACACAAGCUGCAAGCACAACAGUAGCAGCUGCUUCCACAACAGAAGCUCUAACCACAACAGAAACUGCAACCACAACAGAAGCUGCUACCACAAGAGAAGCUGCACUUACAACUGAAGCUGCAACUACAACAGAAGCUGCAACAACAACUGAAGCUGAAACUACAACAGAAACUGAAACCACAACAGAAGCUGGAACCACAACAGAAACUGCAACUACGACAGAAGCUCCAACUACAACUGAAGCUGCAACUACAACAGAAGCUUCUACCACAACGGAAGCUACCACCACAACAGAAAAGCUGCAACCACAACAGAAACUGAAACCACAACAAAAUCUGCAACCACAACAGAAGAAGCUACCACAACAGAAGGUGCAACCACAAGAGAAGCUUUGA